GCAUUAUUGUUUACCAAACCAUGUUGCGGCAAUUUCUGGCGUCCUCGGCUGUGCGGCGACUUGUGGUGCCUUCGAUGGCCCAAACUCGUAGCGCCAGCAAUCUUGAUAAAUCUGAAUACACAACACCCGGGGAAAUUGUGGAUUACGACGAUCCACCUCAUAUCCCAGUGCCGGAAUACCCUUCCCGACCCGACGAACCUCUUGAAACGCGCAAGCAACGCCUCUUGUACCAGAGCCGUAAACGCGGAAUGCUGGAGAACGACCUGCUCCUGAGCACCUUUGUGGCCAAACACCUGAAGGAUUUCACGGCAGACCAGACCGCCCAAUAUGAUGAUCUGAUUAAUGGGGUCAGCAACGACUGGGAUAUCUUCUACUGGGCCACUGAAACCAAACCCACGCCCCCGGAAUACGACACGGAAAUAAUGCGGUUGCUCAAGGAACACGUUAAGAAUGCGGAGAAAGUGCAGCGUAUACGUCAGCCGGAUCUGUAGGCCAAGAAGAUGAUCAAAUUGUAUAUAUUUAUGUGAAGAGUUAAUUAAAUAAUUUGUAUGUUAUAUUCCUGA